UAUAAACUGGCACCAGUUCAGUCAUUUCGGUAGAGAAAUGGGUGCGAAUCACUGGACUUUAGUUGUAUUGCUCCUUCUGCCUUCUGGCUUAUUAGGGAGUCCUACAGGCGAUGAUGCCACUGGUUCCGCUGCUCUGUCCACUACAGUGGGACUUCGUGGUUUAGCUGAGUCAAAUGCAUAUUCAACGGCUUUAACACAUGGAGGUCCUGGAGGUGGUGGUGGUCUCGCAGAAUCGGGUGCAUUUUCGAACAUAUUGACGCAUGGAAGAGGUGGAGGAUUAUCCACAUCAGGUUCACGUUCAAGUUCUUUAACCCGCGGAGGUAAAAGCAGAUCGGAAUCAAAUGGAUUUGCACAUUCUUUAUUGGAUCCUAGACGAGGUGGAAACAAUGGCGCUGAAGCCUAUUCAAGCGCUAACAGUAAUAGCUAUGGCGGCAAUGGAGCCUCAAAUUCUAUCGCAGAUGUUAUGACGAGUCUAGGAGGCGAAGGUUCAUCUCAAGCAGGUUCCUAUUCGAAUGCAGAAAGCAGUGGGGGAAAUAGAGAUAAUACAGUGCAAUCCGGUGCAUAUUCAAAUGCUGUAACUAAUAGAGGAGGCAGGGGUGGAUCAGCACAGUCUGGUGCAUAUUCCAGUGCAACCAACGAAGGCAGAGGUUCAGCACAAACUGGGGCAUAUUCUAAUGCUAUGACUAAAGGAGGAAGAGGAGGUGGUUCAGCACAAUCGGAAGCAUACUCGAAUGCUAUGUCGGAUGGAGGAAGAGGGGGUGGAUCAGCACAGUCUGGAGCAUACUCAAAUGCUAUGACAAAUGGAGGAAGAGGUGGAGGAUCAGCACAAUCAGGAGCAUAUUCGAAUGCUAUGUCAAAUGGAGGAAGAGGAGGUGGUUCAGCACAGUCUGGAGCAUACUCAAAUGCUAUGACCAAAGGAGGAAGAGGAGGUGGCUCAGCACAAUCAGAAGCAUACUCGAAUGCUAUGUCGGAUGGAGAUGGCAGGGGUGGUUCAGCCCAAUCAGGAGCAUACUCUAACGCUAUGUCAGAUGGAGGAGGUAAAGGCGGUUCAGCGCAAUCUGGAGCAUAUUCUAGUGCUGUAACCAAAGGAGGAGGUAAAGGAGGUGCAGGAGAGUCUGGUGCAUACUCGAAUGCUGCAACCAAUGGAGGAGGCAAAGGUGGUGCAGCGCAAUCAGGAGCAUAUUCUGGUGCUGUAACCAAUGGAGGUAAUAUAAACAUUCAUAUGUGUAGGUAUACUAUAAUAAUGAUAUUAUAA